AUGGCGUUGCGGCCUCUCCGGUCCUUGCUCCAGCGCGCGUCAUACGUGCGGUGCUCGGUCUCGGCUUUCCACUCGGGUCCAACGUCGCUACUGGCUCGCGCGGCCAAGCGCCCCCAUCUGGACUCGACGCUGCCCCAACUUUGUGUACGCAACACGGCAAAAGUCUCGGGCCAAGUGGAUAUUCUGUUGCCGCUGCCGGGGCGCAAUGGUCUCACGCGAUUGGCUCUUGACGACCACUCGAGAGCCAGUGUCGAGGACCUAAUUGCGGCCGUGCGACACGCCGAUUCGUCGCUUCGGGAUGUUGAAGUCGCGACGCUUGAUGGCACGAAAGUCGCGCGUAGUGUGGGGGUAGGGGCUCUUACGUCCAUGCCGUUUUGUCUGCGCCUGAACCACGUGAAUGUGCUGGUGGAGAGCGAUCGGGCCGAGAUGGACGACGUCCGUCUGAGGGAAGAAGACACGGCGUUUGCCAGCGUUAAAGCGGCACUUGAGAAAGAUCGGCGCCUUCUUAUGCCGCUGGCUGACUUUUACCGACUCUGUCACAACGCGGGGGCCGAAAAAGUGGUAGCAGCCAAAUGGCUACAAGAACUGCAACGUCGGAAUGUCGUGGUGCAUUUUGACCGAUCGCGGAACCCGCAGCUGGAAAAUGCACUGAUUCUUCGACCGUAUAGUUUAGAGAGUCUAUUGACGCUGAAGAACGCACUGGACUCGGAGAUGUACAAUACGAAGCACUAUCGACGUGCGAAAGAGCGCGAACUGGCGACGUGUAUGGCUUCACUAGCGAACUUGCAGCAGAUGGAGAGGGAAGUGCACGUGGCCGCGCGUCGCAUGCCGAAUGCACAGAAGUGGGUGGGACUCACGGGGCUCACUGGAUUUUAUGGCACACUCAUGUACUGUGUGUGGGACGUGUAUUCGUGGGACGUGAUGGAGCCGAUCACGUACUUUAUCGGGUUUACGGCCGUGUUGGGCAACUCGUUCUAUUCGACCAUUACAAAGAAGGAUCCAACCUAUAGCAAUAUUUGGCAGAAACGGUAUGCCGAGCGCGUGCACAUGCUGAGCAAAGAGCGAAAGUUUGACCCCGCAGAGCUCGAGGAGCUCGAGGCCCGCAUUGUCGACGUCAAGAACGACAUUAUGCUGCUUUUGCAAUGGGAAAGCACCGAUGCAGACGAUCCGUAUUUGCCUAUAGAGUGA